UUUUGCGGGCUGUUCCUCCUCCCGCGGCGGCCUCCUCCCUCGCUGCCGCCACAAUCCUUCUCCCCCGCCGGAUCUCUACGGAAACCUAGGGUUAGAGUUCGUCCGAUCCUUCUGCCUUUGGAUCGAUCAGAUGGCGAUGCUCCGGCGAAGGAAGGGCCCUCCGGCUCCGCCGCCCCCGCCGCCGUCUGAAGACCACUCCUCCGCCUCCCCCGUCGCCAGCUCUCCCAAGGCGGAGGUCAAUGAGACAGAGAAGGCCAAGGCGUCGGAGAAGGUCAGAAAGGAGCGGAAGGGGCGGUGGUCGUGCCUCGACAGCUGCUGCUGGUUCGUCGGGGUGAUCUGCUCCGCGUGGUGGCUGCUGCUGUUCUCCUACAACGCGAUGCCGGCGUCGUUCCCUCAGUACGUGACGGAAGCCAUCACGGGCCCGCUUCCCGACCCGCCGGGAGUGAAGCUCCAGAAGGAGGGGCUCAAGGCAAAGCACCCCGUGGUGUUCGUGCCCGGGAUCGUCACUGGGGGGCUGGAGCUCUGGGAGGGGCACCAGUGCGCCGACGGACUCUUCCGCAAGCGCCUCUGGGGUGGAACCUUCGGAGAGGUAUACAAGAGACCCUUAUGUUGGGUGGAACAUAUGUCGCUGGAUAAUGAAACUGGAUUGGACCCUCCAGGAAUAAGAGUUAGGCCGGUUACUGGGCUUGUUGCCGCAGAUUAUUUUGCUCCUGGAUACUUUGUAUGGGCAGUUUUGAUUGCUAAUUUGGCUCGCAUUGGUUAUGAAGAGAAGACAAUGUACAUGGCUGCAUAUGAUUGGAGAAUGUCAUUUCAGAACACAGAGGUACGUGAUAAAAUGUUGAGCAGAAUAAAAAGUAACAUAGAACUCAUGGUCUCUACGAAUGGUGGAAGGAAGGUGGUAGUUAUUCCACAUUCCAUGGGAGUCUUGUACUUUUUGCAUUUUAUGAAGUGGGUUGAGGCACCUGCUCCGAUGGGGGGUGGUGGUGGUCCAAACUGGUGUGCAGACCAUAUAAAAGCAGUUAUGAAUAUUGGAGGGCCAUUUUUAGGUGUUCCAAAAGCAGUUGCAGGACUAUUUUCAGCUGAAGCAAAAGAUGUUGCUGUUGCAAGGGCCAUCGCACCUGGUGUGUUGGAUUCUGAUUUUUUGGGGCUUCAGACUUUACGUCAUGUUAUGCGUAUGACUCGCACAUGGGAUUCAACUAUGUCCAUGAUUCCAAAAGGUGGUGAUACCAUUUGGGGUGGUUUUGAUUGGUCGCCAGAAGGCGGCUAUGAGUGUAGCCCCAAGAAGCAUAAGAACAAUGAUUCUCAUGCUUCCAAAGAUGUUGAUGGGGCUUCCAAGCAUAAGAAUAAUGAUUCUCAUGCUUCCAAAGAUGUUAAUGGGGCUUCCAAAGAUGUUGAUGGGGAGACGGUUAAAUCUCAAUCACAAAGUGUCAACUAUGGCAGAAUUGUUUCUUUUGGGAAACAUGUUGCAGAGACACAUUCAGCCAAGAUACAACAAAUUGAUUUUCGGGGUGCAGUUAAGGGAAACAAUGUUGCCCAUUCAAAUGCUUCAUGUCGGGAAAUUUGGACGGAGUACCAUGAAUUGGGGUGGGCAGGAAUCAAAGCGGUUGCUGACUAUAAAGCAUAUACAGCUAGUUCCCUCUUGGAUCUUCUCCAUUUUGUUGCUCCAAAGAUGAUGCAGCGAGGAAGUCAACAUUUUUCGUAUGGAAUUGCUGAUAAUCUAGAUGACCCAAAGUAUAUGCACCAUAAAUAUUGGUCAAAUCCCUUGGAGACAAAGUUACCAAAUGCUCCCGAUAUGGAGAUAUAUUCUCUUUAUGGAGUGGGAAUUCUUACAGAAAGAGCAUAUGUUUACAAGUUAUCCCCUUCUGCUGAGUGCUACAUUCCGUUUCAGAUUGAUACCUCAGCCAAUGGUGGACAUCAACAAAACUGCUUGCAGGGUGGUGUUUACUUGGCUGAUGGUGACGAGACCGUGCCAGUGUUAAGUGCAGGUUACAUGUGUGCAAAAGGAUGGCGUGGAAAAACCCGGUUCAAUCCCUCUGGUAUAAAGACAUACGUGAGGGAGUACAAUCAUGCUCCUCCAGCAAAUCUCUUGGAAGGCCGGGGCACACAGAGUGGUGCCCAUGUUGAUAUAAUGGGCAACUUUGCUUUGAUAGAGGAUGUUAUCAGAGUAGCAGCAGGAGCCACUGGAGAAGACUUGGGUGGUGGUGAUCAAGUGUAUUCUGAUAUAUUUAAAUGGUCAGAGAAGAUCAACCUACGCCUAUAAAUUCAGACGAUAAUUCCCGUAAAGUGAAAUACACCUAUAAAUUCAUAUUUUGGUUGGAGCUAAACCUGGAGAUAAAUUUGAGAAUAGCAGGAACACAAUUUGACAGCAAAUCAAAAUUGACGUUCAAAAGCUUGUUGGAACCUUGUGACGCCAUUGAUGUUGGAUUGAAUUGGUUUACCCAACUUGUGGGACAACUCAAUGGGGGAAUCAGAUUACUUUUGUAUUCUUUUGACUCCAAUAUUUGAGGACAGCUUAAAUGGUUUUAUGACAAUGUACAGACUCUUGUUGAUUAUGAGCAACCAACGUGAAAAGAGUUGAUGAGUUCUUCUUAA